UAUAUAUAUAUAUAUAAUCAAUCAAACUGUAGUCAUGCAGAAUUAUUUAGCCUAAAUGAUCAUGGUUACAUUUUUGGAAAACAAAACAGAAAUGCCAUCUGCAUAAGUGAAGCAUCUGCUGCCGAUUAUGAAUCAACUUGUAACAUUCCUAGGCGGUAAAAUUGAGAAAAGUAAACAUCCUGCUAAGUACUGCAUUGAUUGGGAAACACUGGGAAAAACUCAUGUUGCACAUCUGACUGGAAAGCGAUCACUUUAGAGAAAGCGAGCGGCGGAGAAAGGAGAAACUACACGUAAUUUUGAGUGGAAAGGGGCUGCAGUUCAAUAAACUCACUUCUGACUGCAGGAACGAGAGGAGAGAGAAGACAUGAGUGAAACUUCGUCCAGGAAGACCAGAACCGAGACAAAAUUUGCAGAGUAUGUGGGCUCCUGUGUGGUGGAGGAAUGCUGUCUGGAUGAGAAGACCUGGCUGGUAUAUGAGCUGCUGCGAUCCCUCAAGGACUGCAGCAGACGGAGGGCCGUCACCCUGAAAUUCUCCACCAAGGGAGUGAAGGUAUACGAUGCAGACGGAGUGACUCUACUGAUGGCUCACUCCAUGAGGAGGAUUCUAUUCUCCACCUGCCGCCCCUCGGACUCCCAGUUCGCCUUCGUUGCUCACAACCCGGGCUGCUCCCCAGACGAACUGUACUGCCAUCUCUUUGUGGGCAGCCAGCCCUGCGAGGCCCGGGUGUUGAACCUGCUCCUCUGCCGAGCCUUCCAGCUGGCCUACCUGGAGAAGCACCCGGAGCAGGCAGAGAGUGAGGAGACAGCGUCCGGUCUGGAGGGCCUUCCAGAGGACAUCCCUCCCCUGCCCUCCCUCAUCGCUGACAGGGUCUCCCUCAGCGUCAGCGCCCUGGUGUCCUUCCGCAGGGCCCCCUUUCAGGGAGAGCUCAUACCUGAUAAAAUGGCAGAUAAGAAGCUGAGCGUUCCUGCUGUGAGUCCUGCCUGCUCCCCGACGCUGGUCCGCAAGAAAGCGAUCCGGAACAAAGUCCUCCGCUCGGGGGCGUACCGCUCCUUCACCUACGACUCGCAGACACACCGCUCCAUCCAGGAAAAGUUGAACCGGGGGUGGAGGAGUUUGGAUUUUCAGGUGGGAAAAUCCUUCUCCCUGUCAGAAACCCAGGACAUCCUCACAGAAGCUGUGUGGUCCUUUUCAGGGAUUCACAGGGACAGCAGCUCUUCACUGCUCCGCAAAGACAUCCUGGGAGCAUUCCUGCUGUGGCAGAACCCCAACUCUUCCAAGUCCUGGUCCCUGUCUGUUCGCACCCCCUUCGGCCUGCAGGGAUACCAGAUCAACAGGAACCCGAAUGGGAACUACAUCCUGAAGCACCUCCAAAACGAAUUCAAUAGCAUAGAAGCCUUAAUCGACCACUUCACAGAGGUCAAGGGGGAGCUGCUGUGUUCCCUAAAUUCUGCCCGCCUAAACCACUGCUACGAGGAGGAGGACUUCGUGCGAGGCCCAGGCUCCAGCCUACACCAGGCCACAGGUAAACGUGUGGUGGAUUCCGAACACGCAGAAGAGCCUCUGAGCCUGAGGCAGCAUUAAAUAUUGUGAACCUUGCGAUACAGACCUGACAUUUAACAAGGCAUGGAGGCUGGAGACCUGAGAAACCUGGGGGAACUAGAUAUCAUAGUGAUAUCUGCUUGCCUCUCAAUAUAGAGCAUUUUAAACGGUGCUUAUGGUGUCUCCUUCCUGGAUUGACAUUGGACAAGCACUGGAGAGAUUGUUCUUGUUUCUGUAAUCUAGGUUGGGGGUGGUUACCCAUGACCAUAGAUGAUUUCUACCAGGGGCUUCUUCCAGCUUGUUUCAAAGCUGGUUCAUUAACCACUGAGCUGUCCAGCUCUGGGCUUCUCAGACGCCACUGCCUAGUACAGUAUGGGACUCUUGCUGGAAGAAGUGGGAAUCUGUGUGGAACACAGCCCUGGUCAUGACUGGCAGCUCAUGAGAUUCAACGUAGAGCACCAUUGGUUUGAAGCAUUCACACCAUUGUGGAGUCUAUUUUAAUGAUCUAAGCCAGGGGUCUCCAACCCUGGUCUGGGACAGCCCCUAUCCUGCAGGUUUUAUAGAUGUCUUUACAUCAUCAGUGGCUAAAGAUCUGGAACACCUUUUAAUCUUGACUAAUUAAGCCAAUAAUGGGUUCAAUUAAGUAAGCGAGAGCUCGGUUGAAACGAAAACCAGCAGCCCCAGUAGCUCUCCAGGACUCGGGUUGGAGAGCCCUGAUCCAAGCAAAAAGAAAUCCUCCUGGUGAUUACUCCCAGGCCUGAUUCAAUGGCCCACUUUAAUAACAUUACUACAUACCAUAAAUAAGAGGUCCCUGAAAAAGCAGGUUUUAGUCUGGCAGUAUUUAGAUCUGCCACUGUUCAUAUAAUUAAACUAGACGUGUGUGUCUCUUGUCUGCAUGCAAGGACACUAUAGCACUAAAAUGUGGUGAAUGGUGGGUAGCACUACUGUUGAGCUUUUGUGGCACUUUUAUAAAAGGAACGUAAAUGUCUGUUAAAAUUCAAAUAUAUUCGCUGAUAUCUAUGUGACUUUGUUUUAUGACUCAUAUUUGUAAUUGUUAAUAAAGUUGUUGUUUUUGUAGUUU